AUGUCGCCCUGUCAACGUGUCAGCAACUCUCACAGUUUUAUUCUAAACUGUAUUAAGGCAGUUACCGAGGCGAUUGGUCCUGACAAGAAUGCCGAAAACCUCGUAUCCAUUCUAACAUGCUUGAAUUCAUUAAUGUCUACUUUCUGGAAUGAGGAUACAGAUAGUGCUGCGACUUCUGCAGGGCUACCACCAUUACCGGCGAUUCCUGCCGUUGAUGUGGCAUCUUUGACAUAUGACGGCUUGUUCGACACCUUGGCCUCCCUCCAAAAGACGUUCGGUGCAGACGAGUUGACAUCUUUUGUAGUGGUGAUUCAAUUAUUAAAAGCUUCUGCGAAGAAUGAUGAAGAAAGAGUGAUCGUCGAUACGGUAGCUGCUGGAUUGGAGCGUAUUUACAGCCUGAACUUUGAAACAGAUCGAAGUGAACGCACAAAGAAACUAAUCUCAGAGAAAAUGAAGCUGAAACGACUGUUUGAAACGUCUGAACAACGUGAACAUCGUCUCCAACGAAUGAAAGAACGAUAUCGCUUGCAGAGAGAUGCAGCAAACGGUAGUAAGCCGGACAGACGUAGAAGGGAAUACCGUCAAGACUCGGCUUCUCCAGCCGAUCCUGAAGACUUAGCUGCCCAGGCAAAGGAGGAGCGACUUCGGCGAUUACGUGAUUAUCAAAGGAAGCGACUGCUAAACGAGAAACCCGAACAGAGAGCACGGCGAUUGGCAAAAAUGCGCGAGAAUCAGAAAUUACGUCGAGCGCGACAAAUGGCA